UGCUUACCAAAAAAAAAAACCAAGGAAACUUGGAAAUUCUUGCACUUUACCUUCUCCUUCUCUCCAUUAAGGUUCUUCUCCUGUAACAAAUAUUUGGUAGCUUCUUUUUAUUUCUCUUCUGAAAGAUAGAGAGAGAUUGAUCAAUCAAAGAUGAUGGAGAAGGAAAGCUGGAUUGCAACUAUGGCUCCGUUGCUAUUACGGAGGCUAGUAACCUCUGUGUUUGUGUUUACAGAGCAAUCACUUCUCAACUUAUCAGAAAGAUCCAAACUCCUCCGGAUCAUUCGUGAUUUCCUUCUCUAUACCUUCUUGCUCUUCCUUCGUAUACUCCCCUCCUUCUUCCCUUCCCUACUCACCACUGCAUCGUAUUUGGAGCUCUACUCUGCUCUCAAAUCCUCCCCUGUUCUCGCAGCGUCUGGUACUACUAUUACUACACCACCUCGAGUCUUCUCUCCCAAUAAUAGGGUCGGAGACUCCAGCAUCGCUAGAGCUCUCUCGCAGCUGCUGUCGCUCAUGAACGAAAUCCCGGUCAGCUCUCGCAAGUAUGAAGUCGUGAGGGGUUUGGCGGAGAAGCUCAUCGAUGAGAACCUCCGUGAAGGUUCCGAGACUUUGAAGGAAGUCAACUGUGCGGCCCUUUCUGGGGUGUUCUCCAAGACUCUGCGUCAGCUUGAAGCUACCAUGUCGAGGCAGCAGGAGCACCGGCCUGUCGUUAAUGGUGAUGGUGAGGUCGGAUCCGGGCAACUUCGUCGCCGGAGGAACAGGGUCUUAGGAGCUAUUCGGUCAUUCCGAGAGGGUGCAAGAAACGUGUUGUUCGCUGACGGCGUUGAUGGUGGUGGUGGUUCUUCAGCUGAGAAGUGGGCGGUGGAGCUGCUUUGGUUGGCUCGGAAGAUGGGGGAUUGUGGAUGUGUGGAAGAGGCGGAGUGGAGGUGGGGGACGGCAUCGAACUUGGCCAGGCUGGCUCUUACGGCGGAGCCGCACCUUCAAGGGUCGCUGGUCAAGGUUUCAGCGUUCUUGUUCAAGAAAGUCAAAAGAAUAAGAGAGGAAACUGAAGAUGAAGGCAAAGCAGACCAACAAAGGGAAAUCAAGAUGAAGAUGCUAAUGACAUGGCUGCCAUUACUGUGUCGUGCAAGCAAUGGCAUUGACGCACCUGUGUUAAGCAGCAGAGAAAGGGAGGAGCUGGAAAGAGUGCUGGAGGAGAUGAUAGAGAUGUUGAGGCAAGAGGAAGAACAGGAGAAGGUUUUGGCUCUAUGGCUUCAUCACUUCACUUCAUGCUCUUCCUCCGACUGGCCAAACCUCCAGGGCUGUUAUAUUCGCUGGUGUGAUGCGUCCCGCAAGCUCUUGCUCCUUCAGGGAGCCUAGCAAUGUUGGACCCUUCAUCAUCCCUCCAAUUUCAUUAUCUAUAUUUCGCUACUUGCAUUAAUUUUUUAUUUCACUGUAAAUAUGAUCUAUAAGGCUAUUAUGGCCAACAUACGUCCUACAUUAUAGUCCCUCUCUGGGCAUCCUCUAAAGCCCUUCAUUCCA